AUGAACGGUGUGGAGCUGCAGGAGCUGGCCACUGUGGGCAGGACAGCCGACAGAGGGGUCAGUCCGGGCCCCGUCCCACUGAGGAGUGGGGCCAGAGGUUUCCACAACGCCUCCUACCUGCAGGAUGAGGAGCUGCAGGAGAUCAGCAACUGUGUGCCCUCAACCUCCGCCAACAGUAAUGCAAAGGCCGAAUCGCCACAGCAACCGGCCCAGGACCUGUGCUACGAAGACGAGGACGCCGCCGAUCCCGCCGAGUCCCACGACCUCCGCGAGUAUCACCAGCACCCGGGCGACGACCACUCCGCCGACUACGGUUUCAUCUUCGCUCUGGUCUUCCUCGUCAGCGGCAUCGUGCUCGUGGUGAUAGCGUACACCAUUCCGCGCGAGGCCAAAGUGGACCCGGACACGAUAUCGGCUCGCCAGAUGGAGAAACUGGAGCUGUACUACGCCCAGUUGGGAUCGCACCUGGAUAAAUGCAUCAUAGCGGGUUUGGGGUUGCUAACUCUGGGGGGGAUGUUUUUGUCCGUACUGCUGAUGGUGUCCAUUUGCAGAGGGGAGAUGUACAGGCGGAGAGCUGCCUUCGUACGACCCAAAAGAACUUACGGAUCGAUAAAUAUGAGGAUGAAGCAGCUUGCGACCGGCGAAGCUAUCGAAGGAGCGGAUGGAGGGGAGAAUUUUCUAGUGGAAAUGAGGAAUAAUGGACAGUGUGGGACGAGCAGAGACGCUAAAACCGAAGCGGGACCGUCUACGGCGUGA